AGAUAGUGUGAGAUGUUUCUAGUGAUUUGAACCGUAGACGGCCCAUUCCACGGCAGACUCUUUCAGCUUACAUUUGUUUUGGCUGCAAUCCUAAAACAGCAUCCAACUCACAUGUGUCAUAUAUGGAGUCAGGAGGGAUGAUCAUGAUGUUUGACUUGGCUCUGUUUUCCUGUUUAAAUAACUAUAUAUAUAUACACACCUGUGGCUGCAUGAAACCAGCCUCCCCUCAACUGCUUAACUUCUCUGAUACUUCUGUGCAGCUCUCACAGAAAUGCAUUUCCUGGGCAUCACUUUGAUUUUGGGACUGCUGGCUGGGGUAUGGACUCAGAUCAAUGUGGUACGACCGCAGUGCGACUCCCCUGAAGCAGAGGAGGCUGCUCUUGUGGCUCAGGAUUUCCUCAACGCCCAGCACACUCAUGUCUACAAGUAUGCACUGAACCAGAUUGAAGACAUCAAGAUCUAUACUAAGCCUGAUGGAGACAACACGUAUGUGCUGGAAGUUGAACUGCUGGAGACCGACUGCCAUGUCUUGGAUCCCACACCUCUUGCCAACUGCACAGUCAGGCCAAAAAUAUUGACGGCAAUAGAAGGAGAAUGUGAUGUGGUGCUGAAGAAGGUCGGUGGAGCUCUGACUGUCACAGCUUUCAAGUGUAAAACCGACGAAUCAACAGAGGACCUGUGCUUGGGCUGUGCUACCCUCCUUCCCCUAAAUGACACCAGAGCACUGAACUUUGUCUAUGCAUCUUUGGCAACCUUGAAUAACAUCACUCUGGACACAGAGUACGCCAUUAUGGAGAUUGGAAGAAUGUCGUCACAGGUUCUGUCUGGCGGGCCAAUCUAUUUUGCAGAAUAUGUUGUAGUUGACGCCACGGCUGCACGUGGUAUUUGCACUGCCAAAGGUUUGAGCACCGAUCACACAGUGGACUGCAAGAUGUUUUCAACUCUGAUGCCUGUUGUAGACGCCAACAGCACCGUAAUCGAUGCCAACAGCACCGUAAUCGAUGCCAACAGCACCGUAAUCGAUGCCAACAGCACCGUAAUCGAUGCCAACAGCACCGUAGCAGACGCCAACAGCGGAAUAGCAGACGCCAACAGCACCGUAAUCGAUGCCAAAAGCGCCGUAGCAGACGCCAACAGCACCGUAGCAGACGCCAACAGCACCAUAGCAGAUGCCAACAUCACUGCAGCUCCUGCCAUGCCAUCAGUGGUCCAUGUACACACAGGCAGUCCGUCACCCAAGCAUGGUCUGAGGCACCACAAACUAACAGCUCUUCAUGACCCUGAGCUAAGCGGCUUUCUGUCUGCAGAAUCAGCAGAGUCAGCUGAAGUGGUACCUGAAGCCCCCGCAGUGGUUGGAGUUGCCGCUCCAGCUGCCACUCUGGCUGCAGCCGAUCCAGCUGCAGCUGCCGGAGCAGUCUCAGAUUCCUCAGCCAGUGCCGAAGUCACUUUAGUUGUGAUGAAAAAAGAUGUACCUGUUACACCCGCAACUUCAGUGGUUGAGACCCGUACGACUCAAACGGACCCCAUUGCUCUUGUGCCAGUGUGCCCAGGAAGGGUCAGGUUCUUUUGACCUGUCAGGUCCCACAGACACACCAUACUUAACUGAUAAAUUACCUUGUCCCGAAGGGAGAUGUAAUGCCAAUACACUUCCUACAAAACACUAAUCCCUUAUUUGAAAUUGUCAAAUCACACUAGCGAUACAGCAACAUGGAUAUAAAAGAUUUGUAUGGGAUUCUGAUGAAUAAAUCUCUCAAGUC